GGGGGGGGGGGGGGGGGGGGGGGGGGAGGGUUUUAGCAUCAGACACGCACUCAGUCAGUUUGCAACCUUCCCCCCUCCUUGCUAAUCUUCCGGCCAUAGACGUGCCUCCGACGGACGGUAAGACAACAACAAUGCUGAUGCAUAAUUGAUGGUACAAACAUAGGGUAAUGGCAAAACAUGUUUUUUGGAAGACAACGCAGCUGCGAUAUGCGUUCUUUAAUCGUUAGGAGGUAAAAUGUGCAACAUCUCUUAUGUAUGCCUUUUUGUAUCAAUCGUAUUUUCAACAGCCUUCUGUUUCAUGAAUAAGAUAGUUAAACAUGUGAUAUAAUUUUGCGUUUAAGAACAACAGUGUGGCGAAAUAAGAGAUACCCAGCGUUCCUGCCAAGCCUAUAUCUAUAAAAAGACACGGUAGAAUUUCUAUCGAUGAUUUUUUAAGUAAUGAACAUACACGGAUUGACAAGAUGAACGGUAGCCCAAAUAAUAGAAGUGGCGGGCGUAAUGCAACUGCUCAACUGGAUAUCAUUUUGACGAAGAAUUUUUGCGACUAAAAUAUACUACAGAAACAAGUAAGCACACAUAUGCGGAAGACUAAUUGGCAAGCAGGUGUCUACUUUCGAUAAAUUUCCAUCAGGUCAGUACAUUUAUAUUCGACAGGUCCACUAAACCAUGAGGAAUCGAAAAAAUUUUGAGUUUUCUUCCAAGUGGGAUGUGGAAAACGUGAGAGGAUAGUUAAAUAUAACCACUAUCAUUCUAUGUAGGUAAUUAGCUUAGAUGGGAAGAUUCGGGAAAUUGCAUCUAGUUAGCAGAUUAACUGACAUUUGGCCAUGGUAGAUGCAGGGCCUACGCGAGGUUCUCCAGUGUGCAGAAGACCGGCUUGCAUAAGCGAACCGGAGAGAGCGAAAUGCCUUUUGAAGCAAUAUCUCCCCGGAAUUAAUUUCAAGCAGGCAUGAACAGCAGAAUUUAUAGGAAACAAUAGACUUCGCGACGGCUUAUCAGCUGCAGCCUGUCGUUGCACAACACAAAUAACAAGUGAGAAAGGUACAGAGGUUUGAACUUCCACAGAGAAAAUCAAUAUAACAUAGCAAGGUUAUCCUAUACUGCACGUAGACUAAUCAAUGAAAUGGUAACUUGAAAAACGCAACAUAGGAAAAAAACGGGGAAUUUAACACGCCGAGGAAGUUCGCAAAUCAAAAGGGUGCAGAUCUACCAGGGCAAGCUGAGGUUGACCACAUGGUCUAACUGUUUGUAUAGGUUGGGAUUCUCCCGCCGUAUGUAGGCUGCCUCCAAAUUGCGCAGUAACCGAGUUGUUCGUGCUCGAAUUAAUAUUCUAAAAGAUGUUUUGGGGUCAACCGAGUGACCGCUAUCAACACGGUUAGUCGAAAAGUACAGCGACAUUUUACGGCCAAAAUUGACGGAUGAGUCAGUUCCGAAAAAGCCCGCUGUAAUAUCUGUACCCUUUAAGGGUGAUAACACCUCAAAUACCAUCAAGCGGCGAUUGAGAUGUGCCAUUGAAAGAUCAUACAACUCAGCUGAACUCAUAUUCUGCAGCCCCACUAAGGCUAUCCAAUUUCCACAGUCGAAGGAUGCCUUGCCAUUGCACGCUACGUCAAAUUGUGUUUACGAACUCACCUGCACUUGUGGAUACAAGUACAUUGGGCGAACGCAAAGGCAAUUGACAGCCAGGUCAGUUGAGCACCUGCCUAAAUCGCUUCUAAAGCAGGAGAAUAAAAUUCCACGGUCUUCUAUUACAAAGCACCUCCUUGAUAGCGGUCACUCGGUUGACCCCAAAAAAUGUUUUCGAGUAUUAGUUCGAGCACGAACAACUCGGUUACUGCGCUACCUGGAGGCAGCCUACAUACGGCGGGAGAAUCCCAACCUAUGCAAACAGUUAGACCAUGUGGUCAACCUCAGCUUGCCCUGGUAGAUCUGCGCCCUCUUGAUUUGGGAAAUCCCUCGGCGUGUUAACCUCCCCGUUUUCUUUCCUAUGCUGCGUUUUUAAGUUACCAUUUUAUUGAUUAGUCUACGUGCAGUAUACGAUGACCUUGCUGUUUUAUAUUAAUUUUCUCAGUGGAAGUUCAAACCUUUUUACCUUUCUCACUUGUUAUCUGUGUUAAGCAACUACAGGCUGAAGUUGAUAAGCCGUCGCGAAGUCUAUAGGUUCCAAGAAAUGCCUCUAUUUUGAUGGUAUCCUUUAAAAUUCUCAGCAAAAACGGCCGCAUUCAUUUUGACCAGGAUAUAAGUUUAUAAGUUUAAUAAACGAGUUUACGAAUUGUACUGAAAAGGAUCUAAACAUGAAGGGAAGCUGAGAGCAUUGAGAACAGGGUAACACCAAAGUACCGAAAAGCGAUCCGUCGUUGGAAAGACAGUUUAGGGAUUGGAGAAUGGGAGAGGCUCGCAGUCGAAAUACACACUGAACUAACUUCUGUGUAACACACCACGGCCUGAACAUGUUAUUUAACUGGAGUGAAGGAUGGCGGUGCCCCAUUCCAUUCUGAGUUGCUGACAGACGUAUCUACAGUUAUUGACGUGGGAGGGGGCGCUCGCCGAUUGUUCUUACGGAACUCACUCGUUCCGUUGUGCCUUACAUGCUCUCUCUCGAGCCCAACCAGCAGCCUCACAGCGGCGCAUGAUAUAGGUAGAAUGACAUUACCGACAAAGACAAGGGUCUUUGUCGGUAAUGCCAUUCUGCAGUUAUUGCUGUCUCGGAUUGUCUCAUGUUCUCUUUCGCUCAGUCCGCAUCCCCCGCGGUUGCCCCACCCCAGCGCGCACUUUCCACCGGUAGUCUUACGGACACAACAGAACACUCCCCACUCCAUGUGGGGUUAUAGCUAAUAUAACGCCCCUUCUUAUAUUACACUGUGUCCUUGUUACACGAUUACUGUUUUAAAUAGUUUUCUUAUGUAUACGCUACCCCUUCUGACGACCUCGGCAUGCGAAUCUCGGCGUGAUAACCUGUUCAGCAUUCUUACGGACGGCGAAUCGACGACAGGUGUUCAUUAUCCGUGUAUGUGUGUGUGCCAACCUCUACGUCGUCGACCGCUACAUCUGCUGGCUAAGUAGGAGACCAUUUCUCAACGGUCAUGUAGAGACGUGAUCCAACCCAUCCUUCAAAAUUGGCGAUGAAUCUUAUUUUUGAGAGGGUGAUCAACAAAAAUAUCGUCAACAUACUUAACAUGAUAAGAUGUGGCUAAGUAGCCCCACCUGAUGGACACAAUACUGCUGGGACUGGGGCUAGGGGUUAUAGGUAGGGGUUAGGGCAACUAUUUCUCAACCACUCAAAGUACAACCGCGCAUUCCCAAUAGCUUUUCUUCUGCGUACAACUACUUGACCUCGUCGCCUAUGCACUCCCCGGCCCCACCUGCAAAAACCCCUAUUACCAACGGUCCGGUAUUACAGGUGGCUGGGGUUUGUUUACUUCAGGUGCGGCUACAUAACCACAUCUGACCCUUAACAUACAGGCAGUCAUUUGGCGAUUUCAUGUCAUCAGCAUGAAAAGAGAUUAGGUGCGGGAUAAAGUGGAACCAUGAAGGACUGCACGGCUAUUGGGAAGGACAGUAGAUUUCCGCUUGCCAGACUGAGAAAAUUUAGUGAGGAAAGUUAAAUAACCUCAAAACUAAAAAACAAAGCGAUGGUAAGAAAGGCAGAGGAGUAGUCGAAAAACGUACAUGCAUAAGCACGCAACCCUAGAUCUCUUAGAGCUGAGUGGAUCACAAGAACAAAUACCAUCCAGGAUACUAAGCCUAACAUCAAAUGCCAAUUGUUAAGGGUUUGAGAAUUUGAAGGGGAAUGACGUGAUGGAAUCUAGGGCAGUUCUUUCAGAGAGCCUCAGAAGUGUGGGGAAGCAGGAAAUUGAACGUAAACAUUUAAAAUUAGUGAGUUUUCUUAGGAGAGGAGCGAUUCUUACUGCCCGUCAAGCGUCAGAGAUCUUGGAAAUCAUGAAAGACAGGUUACUAAGGUCUGUCAAAACAGAGGCUAUUUGAGAACAACAAGAUUUAAGGAGAAAUGGGAAGACGUCAUCCAGCCCAGCAGUUGCCGAUCCAUGGAACUUGUUAUGUUUCUCCACUGUUGUUACAGACACAGAAGAGUGGUGGUAGGAGAACGUCGUUUGAGGCAGGAUUGGAGUCAUCGGUAGUAAAUAUAUGGCUUUCGUUUAAACAGUCUAAAUCAGCAUCAACGGGUGUCAGUGAGAGGUUUAAGAUUAACAGAGGGAAGGGGAAAAGGGAAAGUGGAAGAAAAAAUGGUUGACAAACAGGUCGUUUAGUCCGGCACUGCCACGCUGUCUUAAUCUAUAGAAGACUUACCAACAACAUCUAGGAAAUUUGAUAUAUGAUGAGGAGAUUCCGUCAGGUCUAGCCAUAACAGUCUCAAGUGAGCAACGAAUAUCAAAAAAUUCAUUUAGAAGUACCAUAAGGUAGCUAGGACGCAAUUGGACAGUUUAAAAUAAGCUGGGAUAAUACUAGUUAUGGAACUCUGAGGCAAAAUAAUGUUUUCCGUGGAUAUAUUGCGAAUAGAAGUAUUCCUCUCCAUAUUGGUUACAUUUGACGCCUAGAAAUGAAGGAAACCUCUUAAAUCACUCGUAAGGCCUUGUUAGGAUCCACACGAUGUCCGUAAUUAGUAGUAUACUUCGGGGCAAGAUGAUACCACACUAACAUCACAGGUACUAGCCAAAAGCCCAUACACGCGUGUUUCACUGAUAUUCUGCCGCUGCAUGACACAGCUGCAAGGGGUUCGGCUCGCCAGUGGGUCCCCCAGCACUGCCUGUCUACUUUCUGGUAGAUACUCCAAUUUAUAAAUUGUCGCUUUUUAAUUUCCUCAGAAAUUAUCUACGAACUUGAAGUAGAUCAGUUUAUUCAAGGUCAAUGGGCACAGACCGAGAAUUUUAUGCACGAAUAUUUGAGUCGAAGUCCAUCAGCCACAGCGGAUAACCGCGUAAUAUUCAUUAACUGCCGACAGGCAGCUAGUAGUAUACUUUAGGGUAAGAUGGUACCAUACUAACAGCACAGUUAAUGAAUAAACAUUCCAAUAAAUUGCGCAUCGAAUUCAUCCAAAACAGUUCAUGAUACCGACAGCUGCGGUCUGCUGUCAGCAUGCCGCAUUUGUGUCAUUUUCGAGGCCUAAGUAUCAGCUAACAUCUCUACGGGUGGAAAGAUGACUAAUAGCGUCAACCAACAAACCGACUGUCCACUGUAGGUUUCCUUUCGCGAACUGUUGUGUUAUGUUCAGGAAUGUCCUAUGCGCACCCAUAUGCCCCAUGUGUCGGUUCACGCCGUACCUAAUGGGGUCCAUGACGACUCUCCCUCCUCCCCAAUUUUACUGUAGUAUAAAAUGCUGGUCAGAUUAUUUUGUGGAGCAGAGAUGUGGUGGUACGCCUAGGUGCGGGUUCGCGCCGUGCCAGUCAACUGCGUCCUCUCUCAAUUCCUGGUGGGUCAGGGGGAGAGCGUGUGGUAGAUGCUGUGUAAGCGGACAGUGGUGCCCCUCAAACGGGCCACGUGCUAGAUGCGCUGGACCAACACGGGGCCACAUCGGAUUCUGACAGGCGUUAUCUGUGCGCAAUAACAAAUGCCAACACUUACGGAGUGCAUUGGCAGACCCUGUUGUCGGCAGUUGUCGCACAACUGGGAUCAAUGCUACCACCCCAUUGUUUUGGUGGUCAAAAUCCUGGCCAUUUGUUUAGAGGGCCAGGUGGUGCGAGUGGAGCGCCAAGGUAAGGAUCCGUCCAAGCCAUUCGCCUGUGGCCUCCCUCGUCUCCGGUCUUCUUACUCUGUCUUGACACCGGGCUCAGGCGGGGGAGAAGGAGAGAGUGUGGUAGAUGCAGCGCAAGUCCACUGGCACUUUAAACACCUAUCCAAGUCACCGUCCCUGCUCCCACCAUCUGCUGUGGGGCACACGGUGGACAUCGUCGGAUGCGAUGGUCGAACUAUCGUAAGUGGACAGUGGACAUCGAGAGAGACUCUUUUAAGUCGGGUAAAAAGAGCCCUGAAAUCUGACUGACCGUCCUCUACCUCCCCUGAUUUUCAACCAUUCUUCAGCUGUCAGGACGGGUUGAGUCUACAAGACGGAUGCAUACUAUGGGGCAAUCGUGUAGUUGUGCCACCAAAAAGCCGACAGGCCGUCCUCAGAGACCUGAAUAAUGCUCAUCCUACUACAGUUAGCAUGAAAGCUCUCGCCACGGCAAUGUUUGGUGGCCCACAAUUGAUGCAGAUAUCGAAAAUGUGAUGAAAGCAUGUCAGGUGUGCUAAAUAACACAGAAGACCUUACCGAAGGUGCCUCUAAAGCCUUGGGCCUCGCCCGACUCGUCGUGGAAGAGGGCACACGUCGAUUAUUUUGGGCCAUUCCAAGGCCAUAUAGUCUUGGUGGUGAUCGACGCCCAAAUUAAAUGGAUUGGUGCGAUUCCGACAGGAAAUUCCUGUCCUUCACUGACUACAAUCAACAAGUUGCGAACCGUCUCUCUAUUUUUAACUUACCUGAAAUGGCCGUUUCGGACCAUUACCUGGCCUUUACUAGCGCAGAAUUCAAAGAAUUCAUUGAGAAAAGUGGACUUUGGCAUACAACUACUGCCCCGUACCACGUUCCGGCUAAUGGCCUCGCAGAGCAUGCAGUCCAGACAAUAAGGCACGGACUAGCCAAACAGACGCAAGCGGACUUGGCCACGAAGUUGUCGCACUUGAUCAGAAGAGGAAGCGAUCGAUGGAACAAGGGCUUUAUUCGCCUGACGUUUCGGAUUCCCGCUCGAACACAUCAUCAGAGAUAGUGGCAGAGCAGGGCGACUCGUGCACAGGAAGUUGCAGCAUUUAUGGGAUGCAGUCGCUAUGCUACCGCAUACCUAUAGCAAUUAACCGCGCUCCCCUUCAUCAAGGUAUGUUGCCCGCUGGUGCGCUAAUGGCUUGAUGACCAACAUGAAAGUUGUUAAUUGCCGGAGAAACUCAAAGGGGUAAGCCUCCAUCCAAAUGAGGUCAUGGUACCUUUUGAUGUUACAUCCCUUUUUACUUCUAUUCCCCAGGACCUGGCGAUCGAGACAAUCGAGCUGUUACUACAAAGCAAAUACGAUGAAACGGAAAAUCGUCUUGGACACGCCAAAAUCCUUCAGCUUCUGAAGAUCUGUCGCAGGACGUACUUCACGUUCGACGGGACAAUCUACGAACAGGUAAAGGGUACACCAAUAGGUUCGCCGAUUUCGGGAUUCAUCGCCGAGGCGGUCCUGCAACGGUUAGAGUCGCUGGUCUUCCACGGACCGAAGUUCUGGGCCCGGUUUGUGGACGAUACUUUCGUCGUCAUCAAACAGGGGCAGGUGAUGACAUUCAAAGAAAAUCUCAACGCCGUCUUCCCGGACAUUCAAUUUACGAUGGAGGAGGAAGAGAACAACCAGCUGGCCUUCCUGGAUGCCCUCCUAUGCCGCAAAGAUUGUGGUGGACUAAAGACGAAAGUGUUCAGGAAAGCGACAAAUACGAUGCAAGUACUGAAUUUCAACAGUAACCACCCAAUCACCCACAAACGCAGUUGUGUAAGGACGCUCUAUCGGCGUGUCGAAACGCACUGCAGUGAGCCGGAAGACAAGAUUGCCGAACUACAUUAA